AUGUCAGGCAGGCCAGCAGUAGCUUCGAUGCUCAGAACAGUGCCUCAAGCACGCACCUUCGCGUCGACCAGCGCCGCACUGGCGCCGCCGCUGCCUGGAAGCAAGGGUGCGAUGUACGCGCGGAACAAGCGGGCGAUCUUUGGCAAGGGCGAGGAGGAAGCGGAAGGGACACGAAGCGCGACUCGCAGCAGCUUGCAGGAGAUCAUGAUGCGGCCGCCCGACCUGAACCACCUCGAAGCGCUUGACCCGGAUGCGGUUGGGCCUCGCGCGGUUGGACAGCCCAAGGCGUACCCUGAGCCGGUCUUCAAGUCGCUCAAAGCCUACCAGCUUCCCCGUCCCAUCGAGCGCUUCCACCGUCUGACGCCAAGACCUGCGGCAGUUGUCCGUGAUGCAACUGUCCAGAUCGCACAAGCGUUGGACGAGGCGUCGAAGGCGUCCAGCCGGGAGAUGCGAUACCUUCUCGCGGGUCCGCAAGGAGUCGGCAAAUCGAUCCUGCUGCUCCAAGCGGCUUCGUACGCUCAGUCGAAGGGCUGGGUCGUCCUCUACAUUCCCGAAGCGACUCGUCUCGUCGACUCUUCCGCGCCCUACUCCUACUCUUCCAACCUCGCCCUCUUCGAACAGCCUACCCUUGCCCUCGAUCUUCUCAACCGGUGGAGCAGCGGUAACGCCGAAGCGUUCAAGUCGCUGAAGACUUCGAAGGACUGGGCCUUCGGAGAUGUCAAGGUGGCGCAGGGCAAGCCGCUGGCUGAUCUUGCAAAGGCGGCGGGAAGGGACGAGAAGAUCCCGACUUUGGUGCUCGAGGCAGUCAUGGAGGAAUUGUCGGCGCAGAAGCAGCAACCCGUUCUGCUCGCUGCGGACGAGUGCGAGGGCUUGUUCGUCAGGACGAAGUAUGUCGACCCGUCGUACCGCAAGCUCGAGCCGUUCCACCUGGUCAUUCCUCGCCUGCUCCUCGACUACAUGGCCGGCCUCCGUCAAUUCGCUUCCGGCGCCGUUGUCUUCGCCCACUCGUCCGCUGGUCUCGCUCUCGCCCCCGCCCUCCAAGACUUCGUCAAGCCCCGUGUCGACUCGACUCGCCUGGACCCGUACCCCUCGAUCUACGACCGCGCAGGCUCGCCCAACUACCCGAUCUACCAGGAGGUCCUGCGAAGCGGUGUCCACCGAUUCGACGUCCCGGCCCGGCUUUCGAAGGAGGAGGCGGCGGGCAUCGUCGAGCUGGUACGCGCGUUCAGGGGCAACCGCGAAGCUGUUGACGACAGGGCUUUCCUCGAGCACUACGUCGCUGCGGACGCCAACGCCGGCUUAUUCUUCCGCGCUCUGUCUAAGAACCCUAUCAUCUAG